AUGGUCAACACUGCACAGCUCACGUCCGCCCUCCUCCUGGCCAUGGCUCCUUCGGCGCUUGGAGGAUUUCUCCACGCCCAGAACAACUGCGGCUUCUCAAUCUGGUGUGCGGGAGUCCUGUCUCCCAGUGCGCCCGGCCAACCCGGUCAGUCAAGCCCCAUCGUCCAAGUCAACGCUAACUCGGCGUACGCCUCCCCCCUGGCGGCAGAGAACAACAACGUCGGUGCUGUUACCAAGUGCUCACGCAACUCGAACCUGAGUCCUGUCUACCAGCUGGAAGUCACCAUCGACCAGGGCAGAUCGUGGGUCGAUCUGUCUGCUAUCGACGGCAGCCCCUUUAUUGACGUCUACCGCCGGGCCAAGAUCCCUGGAUCUGGUUGUGCGGCUCUGGAAUGUGCACCUGGUGCCACGAACUGCGAGUGGCCUGCUUUCUUCGACUGUCUCUCCACAGGCGAUAUCUACAUGACGCUUUGUUAA